GAUCGUUAAGACAGAAGAGAGAGAAAACGACAGCACCCCCUUUGCAAUACCGCAGACACUCUUACACACACACAAGUCGAGAGAGAAAAAAAACAAAAGCAACCAAAUUUUGCUACCAUGGCUAACUGAGAGAGAUCUAAAUUAAGAGAGAGAGAAAAUAAACAAAAAAUACGAGAUCAAAUCUCUCUCUUUUCCGCCAUUAAAGCUUCAUGCCUCGACCUCCAAACUACGAGUUCCAAGAAUGGUGGAACAAGCAACAAAUUGAGAUUCACAACAAUGUCAAUCACAAUCACAAUCACAAUCACAAUCAAAAUCACACUAUAACUUCUUCUUCUUCAACUUCCAAUGUUGAAAACCCUAAUUUCGUCUCCGUCGCGAUCUCCGCUUCAGAUUCUCUCUCCUCGCCGUUAAAUCGCAAGGAUCAUCGAAAUCGCACUCGAAGCGCUCGCCAACUCUCAUUCUUCUGCUUCUUGAAACUUCAACACUUUCUCCAUUUUAUCUUCUCCAUUUUCACCUCUUUUUUCUCUCUCCUCCGAACCGCCAACCGUCGCAUCGCUAAAUCUCGGUUACUACCUAAUCGUCGCACCUCCGAUUCGAGGUUUUUCCGGCUGAUCAAAUUCUUGUUAGUUGUAGUUGUGCUUUUGCUGUGUGUUGAGCUAAUUGCGUACUUCAAGGGCUGGCAUUUUAGUCCGCCAUCGUUGCGUAAGACUGAGGUGUUAGGGUUUGUUGAGCUGGUGUAUGCUAGUUGGUUGAGAGUUAGAGCGGAGUAUUUAGCUCCGCCAUUGCAGAGUUUGUCGAAUGUUUGCAUUAUUUUGUUUCUUGUGCAAUCGGUCGACCGUGCUGUGUUGAUGUUGGGGUGUUUUUGGAUCAAGUGUAGAGGAAUUAAGCCGGUUGCUGUAAUGGAGUACUCUUCUAAGUCCGAGGAUCACAACGUGGAGGAUUUUCCCAUGGUUUUAGUGCAGAUUCCUAUGUGCAAUGAAAGGGAGGUCUAUCAACAUUCCAUUGGAGCAGUAUGUGUCCAGGACUGGCCUAGGGAAAGAAUGCUUGUGCAAGUUUUGGACGAUUCUGAUGAUUCGGAUGUUCAACAGCUAAUAAGAGCAGAGGUUCAAAAGUGGCAACAAAGAGGUGUGCGCAUCUUGUACAGGCACCGUCUUAUCCGGACAGGUUAUAAGGCUGGAAAUCUAAAAUCCGCAAUGAAUUGUGACUAUGUCAAAGAUUAUGAGUUUGUUGCAAUUUUCGAUGCUGAUUUUCAACCAGCACCAGAUUUUCUGAAGAAAACUAUUCCUUAUUUUAAGGGAAAUGAUGACCUUGCAUUAGUCCAAGCAAGGUGGACUUUCGUGAACAAGGAUGAGAAUCUGCUGACAAGAUUGCAGAACAUAAAUUUGUCCUUCCACUUUGAGGUUGAGCAGCAAGUCAAUGGGGUGUUCAUCAACUUCUUUGGUUUUAAUGGAACAGCUGGUGUUUGGAGAAUCAAAGCUCUUGAGGAUUGUGGUGGGUGGUCCGAGAGGACAACUGUUGAAGACAUGGAUGUUGCUGUCCGUGCUCAUCUGUGUGGGUGGAAAUUUAUUUUCCUCAAUGAUGUAAAGUGCCUUUGUGAGCUGCCAGAGUCCUAUGAAGCAUACAAGAAACAACAAUAUCGCUGGCAUUCAGGUCCUAUGCAAUUAUUUCGUAUGUGCUUCAUGGAAAUAAUUCAUUCUAAGGUAAGUUGGAUGAAGAAGUUUAACCUAAUUUUUCUGUUCUUUUUGCUCCGAAAGCUCGUUCUACCGUUCUAUUCCUUCACCCUUUUCUGCAUCAUUCUUCCUCUGACUAUGUUUCUCCCAGAGGCUCAUUUACCUGCGUGGGUAGUCUGUUAUAUCCCUGGUUUCAUCUCUCUGCUAAAUAUCCUUCCAUCUCCACAAUCAUUUCCGUUUAUAGUCCCUUAUUUAUUGUGUGAGAACACUAUGUCAGUUACCAAGUUCAAUGCCAUGAUAACUGGACUUUUCCGAUUUAAAGGUUCCUACGAGUGGGUAGUAACCAAGAAGUCAGGGAGGUCAUCUGAGGCUGAUCUACUCGGUUUGUCUGAAAAGGAAUCUGAAGUUUCAGUGGACACUUCGCUAUUACAAAGGUCUGCGUCAGACUCGGGUCUCGAAGAGUUGAAUAAGCUGAACAUGAGCAAGAAGAAUGGAAAAACCAAAAGAAAUCGGUUGUAUGGAAAGGAACUUACCCUAGCAUUUAUUUUGUUAACUGCCUCAGUUAGGAGCUUGUUAUCAGCACAAGGAAUUCACUUCUAUUUCCUGUUAUUUCAAGGAAUCACUUUCCUGAUUGUUGGUCUCGAUUUGAUCGGAGAGCAGGUGAGUUGAUGCUAUGUUACCCAUACGUGGCUGGUUUAGACCUGUCAUGUUGAUCCUCUUAGCCAAAAACUUUGGUCCAUGCCAUAUCAAUGUCUAGGCCUCCUUUACCAAGAGGAGCACAAAUAAUGGAAGCUUCUGGGACCCACGUGCUUUUCUUAAGCAGUUCCGCUAUUUAUUCCAUUGGCGUUGCAAAUUGACCUAUAUCUGUAUCUAUUAUUUCGAGGAGACAUUCAUAUUUACAAGUACGUACCAAUUUACACAAAAACUUAGGAUGGGUCUUCGGCGCAGACCCUAGUAGAGGGGGAAGCUUGGUGUGCUUUCCAUUGUUAUGAAAUCACUGGUGUCAAGAAAAGAUGACUCCAAGUGAACAUGUUGAUUUAUCAAACCAUUCUUUUACAGUAGUCAUUUAUUGUAGUAGGUCAGUAAAAAUUGCUCGUUUACUUACCUUCAUCUUGAAUCUGUUAGCAGCGACAUUUGUUUAGGUCGUCAGAAAUUUGUUGUACUUGCCCAUCUUUAGAUACAAGAUAGGAAGCCAAAAUCGAGAUUUUAUAUUGUAUUGUAUCCUACAUCAGAGAAUAUUAAUUAUUCCUAAUAUUUUCUCAUGUAUCCUGUUCAUCUUGAGGCACAAUGUGCGUGCUUGUAAUAUUCGAGAGAUGUGAAUUAGGUUUCCUAAUUCGGCCUUUGGAGUUGAAUGGUUGAAUUUUGAUUCAUACGUUUGUCUUUUAUUUGGAAUAACGAUAUGGAACAGUAGAACAUUGCAGCCUCUUUGCAGCGCAGCGUUCAUUCGUGUUUC